AUGCUAGAUUUGAUGCUUAUGAAUGACGGUAGCUUUCCAGUUAGGUAUUUGGGGGUUCCCUUGAUUAUCAAAAUGUUGCUGGCUGCUUAUUGCAGUGUUCUUGGGGAUAGGAUUACAGCCCGAAUUGAUUCUUGGUUGACUCGGCACCUCUCCUUUGCCAGUAGGCUUCAACUUAUUAAUUCUGUACUUAGUGGUAAGGACUCAAAGGCAAAGGCUAAGGUUUCUUGGGCUAAUAUUUGUCUCCCUAAGAAGGAAGGAGGGUUGGGGAUCAAGCAAUUGGAGAAAUUGUUGAAGCUUAGAGAAGUUGCUCAGCAAUUUAUUCGGUUCACCAUAGCUAGGGACAGCCAAGUUUUUCUUUGGUGGGAUCAUUGGCAUCCUGAUGGGUGUCUAUUGGAGAAAUAUGGUUGUAGAGCAAUGUAUGAUGCUGGAAGCCAUGUAGAUGCUCGGGUGAAAUUGAUCAACGUCGAUCUCUCGAAUUCCAAGAAAGAUAUUUAUUCAUGUGCUGAAACUUGGGAGUUCCUUAGACAGAAAAAACCAGAAGUUCCCUGGUUUAAGGUUGUGUGGUUUCCUUUGGCAAUUACUCACCAUGCUUUUAUGCAUUGGUUGGUUGUUAAAGGAGCCCUUGUCAUCAAAGUAAAAAUGUGUGGGUGGGGAUUUGGUGGAGAAACUUUAUGCCGUUUCUGUUAUAGUAAUCAGGAAAGUGUUAAGCACUUGUUCUUCCAUUGUAGUUUCAGCCGUAGAGUGUGGAGAGAUGUUAUGGAUGGCUGUAUGAUUAAUCCUGAAAUUGAAUGGGAGAAAGUGAUGGACUGGUGUGUGGCUAAGAUUACUGGAAAAAGUUUAAUGGAGAAUCUCUGUAGAUUAUGUUUAGCUGCUUCGGUUUACAAUUCAAAGAAGCUUCGAAAUGAUCUUUAG